AUGGAGGACUCCGAGAGGCUCCCCUCCCUGGCCUCGGCUCCCGUGGUGGACGAGGGCGACGGGCUCUGCAAUCUCAAGGAAACCGAGCUGAGGCUGGGGCUUCCGGGCUCGGGAUCCCCAGAGAGAAAGGGCGAGGCCAUGCUGACGCUGGGGCCUGAGAAGGGCUUCGUUUCUGGGGCGAAGAGGGGUUUCUCCGACGCAAUCGAUGGAUCGGAGAAAUGGGUUUUCUCCGGAGGAAAAGGAUCUGAAGUAGAAUUGGGGAAAGGAGGCCCGCUGUUCUCCUCAGUGGGCGAGCCUAACAGCGCUCAGCACGCGGUUGCUGUGAGCUCUCAGAAGGACAAGGCCCCGGCGGCUGAGAAGCAAAGUCAGGUUCCUCCAGGCAGUACAGACACCGCACCUGCUGCUAAGUAAGUGUUUUCGGUCCAUGUUGCCGCACUUUAGUCACCUCCGGAUUUCUUUGGGUUCUCCUUAAAUGGCUGACAUGGUAGAAAAGCCUCUGGCGUCAGCUCAUUCUAUAGUCGAAGAACGAUGCUUUCACCCGCGCUCGCUGAAUUAAUAGCCCGUUUGUUUGUUGUAUUGCGAUCAUUCUAAUGGCGGAGGUCGUCGAGAAAUAGUUUCCCUGAUGAUCUUUUCCUCUAGUAGAAUGUCUGCUCGUAGGAUUCCCUCGUAUUAAAAUGAUAUUUUCUUUUGUCUAGCUUCUUUUUCCUUUUUCGGUGGUGGUGGUGGUGGUGGUGGUGGUGGUGCCGCCGUGGUGUUCUUCUUGCAUGGGAAAAGUCGUCCUGGUUGCAAUGCUCAUGGGGAGAUUAUUUUUAUUUUUAUGUUUAUUUUAUCGAUUUAUUUUCUUCCUCUUUUCCUGUGAUCCAGCUGCGGUCGUUCUUGCUCUCAUCUGUUAAAUUCAGGGAUUAUCUUCUUGUUGUGGCCUCUCUCUCUCUCUCUCUCUCUCUCUCUCUCACUCUCACUCACUCAUCUGUUGAAUUCCUCCUGGUUUCUUGUGUGGUUGGUUGUUCUGUGUUCCUCCUUCGUCGUCUAUCUCUCUCCUUUCGUGUCUUGGGGGGUAGCUACCUGCAUGUCAGCCUCUUCAAGAAUUCGUCUCCUUUCUCGGUUUCGGAGGAUAAGUUUUUCAGGGCUUCAAAGCUCAUGGAGCUCUCUUCAGGCGUUGACCCUGUGGAAAAAAUAAGUUUCAUUCAUCGUGGCAGGGAAGAAUGCGCUCUAAUUGCUGCUUCUGUGACAGGGCGCAGGUGGUAGGCUGGCCGCCCAUCCGAAGCUACCGAAAGUACACAAUGGCUGCGAACCCCCCGAAGAAAACUGACGAGAUCGAGGGAAAGCAGGGCCCCGGCUGCCUCUAUGUGAAGGUCAGCAUGGAUGGUGCUCCCUAUCUGAGGAAAGUUGACCUGAGAACUCACGGCAACUACAAGGAGCUUUCAUCUGCUCUCGAGAAGAUGUUCAGCUGCUUCACCAUCGGUCCGCCCUGCUCUUGCUCCCUUGACCUUUCUGUUCUCCGGGCCUCAAGAUUUUCCUUUUAAAGGAUGGAUCCUUCUGGAUUUCGUGUUCUUUGCAGGCCAGUACGGCGCGAAUGGAGGACCCGGCAGAGAUGGGUUGACCGAGAGCCGCUUGAUGGAUCUUGCUCAUGGGUCUGAAUAUGUGCUCACUUAUGAGGACAAGGAUGGAGAUUGGAUGCUCGUUGGGGAUGUUCCAUGGGAGUAAGUCCCAUUAAUACGGGUUCUUCUUUUUUUUUUUUUUAAUUUAAGGAGAAUUCGAAAAAAGAUGCUUCUUUGGGUGCUUAUUCUUUUAUCGAUUCAGGAUUUUGUUAUCUAUUAGUUUCCGGAAUUGUAAAGCUUUUAAUUUUUUCUCCCAAUUUGGUAGUAAUUUCUCAAUCUUCUUAGAAAGUCAAUGUGAUCCAUUCAUGCUUUUUUGGGAUCUGCAGAAUGUUCACGGAGACCUGUAAGAGGUUGAGGAUCAUGAAGGGCUCGGAGGCAACCGGGUUAGGUACGGCUUGAUCCUGCAUGAUCAGGGCAAUGACAUUCUUUUGUUGAGAAUGAUCAGAUUAAUUAUUUUUUCCAUCUAUCCGUCCGUCAUUAAUCCUGAAAAUGGUAUGAACAUAAUGAAUUGCAGUGGGGGAAUCGUUCAUUAACUGUUGUUGAACUCCUGAUAAUCUCUCUGGGAAGAAUUUUAUGUGUUGAUUCGACAUUGAUCCCUGCGAAUUUUGCGUUACCCGCAGCUCCCCGGGCGGUGGAGAAGAACAGGAGGUCGUAG